GUCGAAUGUUAAAGCUGGUUGGAGCUUCUAAAAUAAUUGAUCAUGGCGGGCCAGGAGAUGAGACUAAACCACACCAUUUACAUUAACAACUUGAAUGAGAAGAUCAAAAAAGACGAGCUGAAAAAGUCAUUGUAUGCUAUAUUCUCACAGUUUGGCCAAAUCCUGGACAUCCUUGUUUCUCGUACACUGAAAAUGAAGGGUCAGGCCUUUGUGAUCUUCAAAGAGAUCAACAGUGCUUCCAACGCCCUCCGUUCAAUGCAGGGCUUCCCAUUUUAUGACAAACCCAUGCGUAUUCAGUAUUCAAAGCAGGACUCUGAUAUCAUUGCAAAAAUGAAAGGAACAUUUGUGGAGCGAGACCGUAAGAAAGAGAAGAAGAAGCCUAAAGUCCCAGAAGCUGGUGCCGGGAAGAAGGGAGGUUCUGGUGCCACCCCUGCUAUGGCUGGAGUACCUGCUGCUAUUCCUGGAAUGCCACCUAUGAGUCAAGCUCCUCGCAUGAUGCCAAUGCCUGGCCAGCCUCCCUACAUGCCUCCUCCUGGUAUGAUGCCUCCACCAAACAUGGCACCCGGACAGAUGCCUCCAGGUGCCAUGCCACCAGGUGGGAUGAUGCCAGGACAAAUGCCAGGCCAGAUGCCACAGCAGGUGUCGGAAAACCCUCCCAACCACAUCCUGUUCCUCACCAAUCUCCCAGAGGAGACCAACGAGCUCAUGCUGUCCAUGUUGUUCAACCAGUUCCCUGGAUUCAAGGAAGUUCGUCUUGUCCCUGGCCGCCACGAUAUCGCCUUUGUGGAGUUUGAUAAUGAGGUGCAGGCCGGAGCAGCCAGAGAAGCUUUGCAAGGCUUUAAGAUCACACAGAGCAAUGCUAUGAAAAUCUCUUUCGCAAAGAAAUAACUCGACUCCUGCUGCUUACACGCGUUUAGAAAUGACAGACCCUUUCAGCACAGUUCAGGGGGGUUAAAAGCUGAUUUAACAUAACAUUCAAAAGAAGAAAAAAAGUUAAAUCUGUUUUUAUUUGGCUUUCUGUGUUAGUUAUAUUUGUACUACACAAUACAAGGUAAGGAGUGAUUUAGAAAUGCUAAUUUCAUUUUACACCAGUACUUCCUCCCUGUCAUCUUUUAUCUGUCUCAGAUGAUCGACUGCAAGUAUACAAAAGAUGAUUUUGUAAGUAUGCAGGUUUUGUUUUUUAUUUUUUUAUCCAAUUAUGUCUUCAAAAGCAUUGCACCCAGAGUCUGGUCUGCAGACACUGAACCUGGAGCUUUGUUGUUUUUAUUAAAGCAUGUUGUUUUACAUA